CUGGGCUCAGCAGAGACGAGCAGCCCAGCUCAGAGAGAGUUGCUGUCCUUGGUGUCUGCACUCCACAACCUGCAAUGGGUGUUCCCGCAGCCGGCCUGCUCUGCCUCAUUGGGGCUGUGUUCAGCAUGGCAGGCGCCCAGCCUGCAAAGUCCAGCGGACCCCUACAGUGCUACAGCUUCCGACACGUCUACUCUGGCCCCUUUGACCUCAGCGUCAGCAAAUUCCACAGCGUCUCCUGCUCCCAUGGCUGCUCCGAGGCUGUCUUGUCCCUGAACACUGGGUACCGCUCCGGGGUCACCGUGGUCCAGAAGGGCUGCUGGACAGGCCCGCUGACCGGCGAGACGCUGACCAGUGAGCACGCGCUGCCUCCCGACUACUCGUCGGUGCGGGGCUGCAACACCCACCUGUGCAACGCCAACCUCAUGUCGCACGACAGCGUCCCCAACCUGAGCCCAGCGCCCAGCCCGCAGACGCUCAGUGGCACCGAGUGUUACUCCUGCGUGGGGAUCCACCAGGAGGACUGCACCCCAGAGAAGGCCCGUCGGGUCCAGUGUCAUCAGGACCAGAGCGUCUGUUUCCAGGGCCAUGGACAGAUGACCGUCGGCAACUUCUCAGUCCCCGUGUUCAUCAGAACCUGCCACCGGCCGUCCUGCACCAUCAAGGGCACCACCAGCCCCUGGUCCAGCAUCGACCUGCAGGGCUCCUGCUGCUCGGGUGACCUCUGCAACCGGGGCUCGUUGACCCGCGAGUCCCCUGUCCCCACCACGCCCCCUGUGGUCUCUGCCGCUGCCCAGCCACCCUGCCUCUUGGCCCUGCUCAUUCUGGGUCCCCUGCUGGCUGGCGUCCUGGGGGGCACCCUCAAGCCAUCCCCUUAGCUCCCCGCCCCAGCCUCCUCAUGAGCAGGAACCUAGUUGCCCGCUUCCCCUUCUCACUGCCUCCGCCCGUGGGACCCGGUGGGAAAUGACGGCUGAGCAGCAGGGGAGGUGGUUCAGCUGGUAGCACCCAGGACUUGCCGGCCUGAGGCCCCCCGGUUUGAUCCCUGGAACCACAUGUG